AUUUGAUCUAAGUUACGUUUUUAACCCCAACCUUGUUGUAAAACUGCUGCAAGUUUACAGUCGUGUCAAUGAUUUUGUUCCUCUAACCAUCAUACUCUCACUCCGCCCUAGCGCCGCCUCCGCCCGCCGCCCUCUCCUCACUUUAGGAACUCCUCAUUACACUCAGUGAACUUCAGAUACUCCGUCCAUGGAAGCUCGUUCCGAUGCUGACCCGAAACCCAACCCUAAGGAGAGCUCGAUUCCGGACCUGAAACCCUACGAGGAAAUCGAAGAUGACGAAGAAGAAGAUACCGAGCUGGAGGAGGAAGAAGAAGAAAACGAAAAUGAAUCCGAAACCAUGACUCCUGAGUCCCGAAUUCAGAGGGAUCGGGCCAACAUGAACUCCCUAUUCAGGCGUCUAUCGAAGGAGCAAGUCCCCGUCCGGGUCCAUGACGUCAUCAUCAAGGGGAACACGAAGACCAAGGACUCCUUGAUCGAGGCGGAGGUCGAAUCGAUUUUCAGGGACGCCACUAGCUUCCAGCAGUUGCUGCGCGCUGCCGCUGAUGCCAGCGCGAGGCUGCAGAGCCUCGAAAUUUUCGAUUCGGUCAAUAUUACCCUCGACGCGGGUCCGCCGGAGCUGCCAGGAACUGCGAACAUCGUCAUUGAGGUUUCUGAGGUUUCGAACCCACUUUCUGGAAAUGUUGGGAUUUAUACAAAACCCGAGGCUAGAUCUUGGUCAUUAGAAGCAUUACUGAGGCUGAAAAAUCUGUUUGGUUAUGGGGAUUUAUGGGAUGGUUCAGUGGGUUAUGGCUGGGGUCAAGCUUUGGAAGUCAGCUCAGGAGUUUUUCUGCCAAGAUUCAAGGAAAUUCCUACUCCAUUGUCGGCAAGAAUAUCUAUGGUUUCCCAGGAUUGGCUGAAGUUUUCUUCGUAUAAGGAGCAAGCCCUUGGUCUCUCACUCGGUCUGUUGGAAACUGGGAAGCACAGUUUAUCCUACAACCUCUCCUGGCGUACUUUAACAGAUCCAUCUCAAAUGUCUUCUCACACCGUGAGGCGGCAGCUUGGACAUAAUUUGCUCUCAUCCUUGAAGUAUGUUUUUAAAGUUGACCGAAGGGAUUCAUCUUUGAGGCCGACUAGAGGCCAUGCUUUUGUCUCGACUACUCAAGUUGGUGGUCUUUUUCCUGAUGCUCGGAGCCUACGUUUCAUUCGUCAGGAGUUUGAUCUUCGUUAUGCAAUCCCCCUGGGAUUUUCCCGUGCUGCACUAAACUUGGGAAUAUCAGCCGGCGUGCUAAUUCCAUGGAGCAGAGCAUCACUGAGUAUGCCCUCAUAUCUGCCCGAGAGGUUUUUCAUAGGUGGCAAUUCUUCUCCCGUUUGCUCCUUAAGUGGGCCCCUCUCCGUUUUGGGUUUCAAGACCAGGGGAUUGGGCCCUGCGGAGCCUAGAAGAGUUGUGAGAGCUAAUUCUGGUGAUGAGGGAUCAGAUUAUUCUGGGCUUGAUCAUGUUGGCGGGGAUCUUGCUGUCACUGCAUUUGCGGACCUCUCGUUUGAUCUGCCUCUGAAGGUUUUGAGGGAUGCCGGUAUACAUGGGCACGUGUUUGCUAACACUGGUAGCCUGAACAAAUUGAGUGAGAACGCGUACAAGGGACUUUCUCUGCAGAAAUUUAAAGAUUCUUUCCGAAGCACUGUCGGAGUUGGACUCAUUGUACCCACCAAGCUAUUCCGGAUGGAGGUGAACUACUGCCACAUUUUGAAACAGCAGGGACACGACCAAGGGAAGAGUGGGGUGCAGUUUAGCUUCUCUUCCCCACAGUAACUUGAGUGACAAUUUUCUUAACCUUCACGAGCUUUUACCUUGAGGUGGAACUUGAGUAAUUUUCGUUUCCUGUUGUUUUGAUAUCCAAAUUCGGACAACUCAAUGAUCUGCAGUCUUACAUUAUGGAGAGCGUAAAUGUAGGAGGCACAAACCGAAAACAAAAAAGAAUGGCUGAACCUUCGGAUAUGAAAAAUUGUCAACUGGUUGGUUGCUUCAUGUAGGUUGAUGAAGGAAUGAAUAAUAACUGUCUAAAUAUCAAUCGCUUGUUUCAGUAUCUACUUUGUCAGAAGUGAAAUUUAUUUGUUGCCAUGGUCAAUUUUUAUUUGCUGCAGUUUCUUAUGGAUUCCUCUUGAGAAGCUGAAAAAAUAGUGGCAAGUACAAGCAUAUUCUGACUUUUUUCUUUUCCUUCUUUUGGUUAUGUUUUAAAUUUUAAUCGAAGUUCCCAUUUUCUAAUUAUUAUCAAGUUCAGUUUUACACAAUGGGCCAAAGAGCUGGGGCCCAACUAUGCAAGCCCAUAUUUUGGUGAGGAUAACAAUUAAAAUGAAAUCUCUUGCUUGUGUAAAGAGGGAAACGACG